GCAGGUGUGAGACGCGGGGUCCCGGAGCUGCCCACCUCCGUCGCCGGGGGACCUCUCCUCUAGGAGCGUCCCCGGGCUCCACUGGAGUCGCCCUCGGGUUCGGAGGAGCCGCCGCUGUCCUCUGCGUUCCCGCCGGAGCAGCACCUCGGCGCCGGGCCGCGCACCUCCAUGGCGCGUCCCGUCAUUGCCGCUUUACGUUGCCGCCCCUUUUCGGCCCUUCCCUUCCAAGCACCGGGCGCAGCCGGCCUGUUGCAAGCCGUAUCUACCUCGGGAGCGGCCGCUGCGCAGACGGUUUACUGACCGGUUGGGUUUCCAGGGCGUGAAAGAAAUUUCUCCAAAAUAAAUAUUUAGAUACUUUCUGAAGGAACAUGUUAAACCAAAGAAAUUGAGAAGAUGGAAACUUUGUGGAAGCUUUCCUAGUUCCUUUAGCAGAUGGUAGAAAAUGUAAGGAUUUUGAUAUGUUCUACAGUUGUUUAUGGCAUGAUUUGAGUUAAGUCUUGAAGAAACCAAAACGAGAUGGUGUUUACCGAUAACCACAGCCAUAUCUGACUGGGAGUUUUACUGACUGUGUGAGCGAGAGAUGCAGGUAAUUUGCAGGAAUGUCAUGCUUGUAAACAAGGUAAAAACUACUCUAUGGUCAGAGGUGUUGAGUCUGAACAAUGGCCUACUGAAGAUGUGCGGCAAAAUGGGUUGAAUGAGUGCAGAACUACUUUAUUCUUGCUGGUGGAGCUGAAAAUUGUUGCUUCUUGGUGCGAGCAUGUAUAAAAGGAAUGACUUCAUGGCCAAUGUGAUGGUCGCCUCUGCCACUCCAGAGGGUAGUAGCAGCUCAGAUUCUCUGGAAGGCCGAAGUUCAGAUUAUGCCAAUAAGAGUUAUGAUGCUGUUGUAUUUGAUGUAUUAAAAGUAACUCCUGAGGAGUUUGCUAGCCAAAUUACAUUAAUGGAUAUACCAGUAUUUAAAGCUAUACAGCCUGAGGAACUAGCCAGCUGUGGGUGGAAUAAGAAGGAAAAGCAUAUCCUUGCUCCAAAUAUUGUUGCCUUCACUAGGAGGUUUAACCAGGUCAGUUUCUGGGUUGUACGAGAAAUAUUAACAGCACAGACAUUAAAAAUAAGGGCAGAAAUACUGAGCCAUUUUGUGAAAACUGCUAAAAAGCUUCUAGAGCUGAAUAAUCUCCAUUCUCUUAUGUCUGUGGUGUCAGCACUGCAAAGUGCACCCAUCUUCAGACUGACCAAAACCUGGGCUCUUUUGAAUCGCAAAGAUAAGGCCACUUUUGAGAAGUUAGACUACUUACUUUCUAAAGAGGACAAUUAUAAAAGAACACGGGAGUACAUCAGAAGCUUAAAAAUGGUUCCAAGUAUUCCAUAUUUAGGAAUUUAUCUCUUCGACUUAAUCUACAUUGAUUCUGCAUAUCCUGCUUCAGGCAGCAUUAUGGAAAAUGAACAAAGAUCCAAUCAAAUGAACAAUAUUCUCCGAAUAAUAGCUGAUCUGCAAGUCUCCUGUAACUAUGAACAUCUUACGACACUACCCCAUGUACAGAAGUAUUUGAAGUCUGUCCGUUACAUCGAGGAACUUCAGAAAUUUGUGGAAGAUGACAAUUACAAAUUAUCAUUAAGAAUUGAGCCAGGUAACAGCUCUCCUCGACUGGUUUCCUCCAAAGAAGAUCUGACAGGUCCAGCUGAAGUGUCAGCAGUUAUGAAAUUCAGCAGGAGACCAACAUGUCCCGAUACCUCAGUAGCAGCAAGUCUGUCUACACCUCCUAUACCAAGGCAUAGGAAGAGUCACAGCCUGGGAAACAACAUGAUGUGUCAGUUCAGUGUGGUGGAGAGCAAAAGCGCCACUUUCCCGACAGAGAGGCCGCGCCACCUUCUGGAUGACAGCGUCCUGGAGUCACAGAGCCCAACCCGCAGCCACAUACUGAACUCGCUUUUCACCAAUGGCAUUUCCAUAGAUAGCAGUGAAAGCUCAGAAUUUAGUGAGGAGCUGCCGUCAGGGCUUGAAAGGGGCCGUUUAUAUGCCACACUGGGGCCGAAUUGGAGGGUGCCAAUCCGGAAUUCUCCCAGGAGUCGAAGCUGUAUCUACAGCCCAACAGGAGCCUGCAGCUGCACAUUAGGUAGUUCCAUGGGAGUAGUUACCAUGGAAGGCCCCUUAAGAAGGAAAACAUUGCUCAAAGAAGGCAAGAGACCUACUCUUUCUUCAUGGACUAGAUACUGGAUUAUGCUUUCAGGAUCAAAUCUUCUGUACUUUGGAGCAAAAUCUUUAAGAGGCAAUGAAAGAAAACAUUAUAAAUCUACACCUAGUAAAAAGAUAUCCAUUGUGGGCUGGAUGGUGGCACUGCCUGAUGACCCUGAACAUCCUGAUAUUUUUCAGCUAAAUAACCCUGACAAAGGUAAUGUUUACAAGUUCCAGACUGGUUCAAGGUUUCAUGCAAUAUUAUGGCAUAAGCAUUUGGAUGAUGCAUGCAAAAGCAACAAGCCUCAGGUAAGACUGGGAAACCGCCUCUACCUGCUUUUACAUGUUUUGCAGAAAACCCUUAAUAGGAGACACUUCUUUUAAAUCUGCAUGCAAAUACAGUCCUGUGUGGACAAGUCAUUGCACGCUGAUCCAGUUUUUCAAUAGGAGGAAUAAAAAGUGUUUAAAACUGCAGAGUACCCACCUGAAAUUAAGAUUAGUACCAGUCUACCUAUAAGUUUGGUGACAUCAACAGCAUACAACCUCUGUAAUUGCAUCUUCAAGUAGUAAUAUAACCCUGUCUUUACUUCGGAAGGGACUUAGUCAUGAAUGAAGAAAGUAGCCAACAUACUAGCAAUUAAACUGAUGACUGGGUUUAUAACUACCAUUGAAGAGAGUGUCCUAUAAAAUGCUUCAUAAUGUCCUUUAUAUAGCAGCUUCAUUUUUCAGGGGAAAAAAAAAAAAAAAGUUAAUUCUUGAAAAGUUUCCAGGGGCUUAUAUUGAUAGGAUGCUCAACUACUCAGGACACGUAACAGGGCACAGCUCAAGAAUCUUAUUUACACAUACCUGCACAUCCCAUGCAUACUAGUAACUUCUUGGACUGGAUUUGGUCCACAAGGAUAAAAAUCAUUUGAAGUUUUUAUGUUUUCUUUCAGUUACGGUGUUAGCUGUCUUUUGUACCUUUUUGAGACUGAUGACACUUUCUCAUUGAAUAACGUGUUGUUGGCCCACUGGAUUUUUAUUAUAUAGCAGGGAAAAUUUUCACUCAGAGGGUGGUGAUGCACAGGAACAGGCUGCCCAGAGAGGUUGUGGAUGCCCCAUCCCUGGAGGUGUUCAAGGCCAGGUUGUAUGUAGCCCUGGACAACGUGACCUGGUGCCUGAUUUAGUGUUUGGCAACUCUCUCCCCACGGCAGGAGUGUUGGAACUAGAUAAUCUUUGAGGUCGCUUGCAAUCCAAGCCAUUCUAUUAUUCUAUGAUUUUGUAACUUUGCAGCUUCCCAAUGCUGUAAUAUGCUGAGGAGCAAUAUGCUGCUGAAUAAUGUACAUUCUCUUCCAGGCACCUGCUAAUCUAAUGUCAUUUGAAUAAUUUGCUCUUACCUGAUGUGACUUCAAGUGCCAAACUGAAGAAACAAGCUAUUGUUCUCUGAGGAAGAGGAGAAAAUAAUAGUUUUCCUGAUGUAAGCCAGCCACAACUACUUCAGCACUUUCGUGUGCUACUUGAAAGUGAUUCUGACACAGCUUUUAAAAGCAGAAAGUGAAUGUUGUCCUCAGAACCAGAUAUAGUCUCAUGCACUGAGUGGAAGUAGACCAGUUAGAUGGACAGAAGAUUAAUCCUGACUCCUGCAGGAUUCUAGAGUUUUCAACUUUCUGUGGUCGCAGACUGCCUGUGAACUGAUGUUUGACCACAAAGUGAGCAUCAUAUCUUCUGCCUAUCCUUUUUUAAAUUGCUCUUUUUAUUGUUAAGCUGCUUUAUGUGACUGAAGAACAUUUGGCCCAUGUUGGGUUUCAGUUCUUUCUAAUGCACAAAAUAAUUGACAGUGUUAACUUGCUGCAAAGUGUCAGUUAAGAUAGAAAAUUGUGGGACAACUUUUUUAUAACAUAAGUGCACUGAGUUGCUUUGCAAUGUGGCUGCCUCAGAUUUUAUAUAAAAUCUCUGGACAAUUCUUUUGUUCAAAUUUGAGCUAUGUGGUAAAAAUGUAUUUUGGCACAGAGCAGUCAUUUUUAUUUGCUUACAUUAUUCUGAAAUACCUUGACGAUGAAGUGAAUGAAUUUAAGGUGUAUAGUUUUAAAUUUAAUGUUGUGUUAAAUGUCUUUUUUUGUUUUCUUACUAGCCAUAUAACUGUUACAGUUUGGUUUUUGUUUGUUUGUCUGUUUGUUUUUUAAAUCUGAAUAUUGUUCAUCGUAAAGGGAACUGCUAUUCCUUGAUACAGGGUAGCAGAUAAUCAGGUUGUAUGAUACACAUUGUGCUGACUCCUCAGAAUGACUCCAUAACAUUAUUUGCUGUUCUGUCUUUCUGUUGGUGACUCAGUCUCACUUAAUUCCAGUACGUGAUGAACUUUUGUGGCAUGCAGUCAUGGUACUGCAUUUCUAAAAUCAUGAUGGCAAUGAAAGCUAGGCAAGACUGUCUGUUAGUGCUGCAGUUAUGCAGAAGCCUCUACAUUUACACCCACAGAAUUUAAAAGGUAAAAACAGCAACAACCAGCCUUCUCAUUAUCUGAGCCUGUUCCUGUAAAGGAACUCUUCCAACACCCAUAGCUGUAUCCUUGCUGUGCCGUAGCACCAGUGUAGUCACAGCUCUUUUCUAUUCCCACGAUAAGUUCAGUGCUUUUUUGGUUAAAAACUCUUCUGCUGUAAGGCAUUACUAAUUAAACCUUGUUAAUUGUAGGAAGAGGAAAAUCUCGUCUGUGUUUCCUAAGACUGCAUGGAGGAGAGAUUUGCAAGCCAAGAUCUAGAUUACAGACCAUGAAAAACUGAAAGUCAAUUUCAAUAAACAGAGCCUAUAUUAGAUCAGUUUUGCUCAUAUUAGUGGUAUUUGUUCUGUGGCCUUUUGUAAUUUUCUGAAUUUUGAUUUUGAAACUUCUCUAACAACAAUCUGUACUGUUGUAUGUAGAUUGACUGUAAUUUUUGAGUUAUUUUGAGUGGUCCUGACAGCUCCUGUGUGUAGGUCCUGAGACAUGAAAAUUUAUGUGGAGUUGACAGGUAUUCUUUGAUGACACAAGUUGUGUGGGAAAAAAAAAAAAAAGCAAAAUAUAUUUAUACUUUUUUUCUCCUUGCAAAGGCAGAACA